CUGUGGCCUUCCACCCCUUCCUUCAUGCGCAUGACGCACGCACUGAUCGGAGAGUGGGUUUGAUUCCGUUGCCAUUACUUUAUAUCAUCCUUCCAUUUACAAUCACUCAACCUCACCUCCACCUCCACCUCAGAGGUCCACUCACCUCGCAUCAUCUGCACCGUAUCACCUUUCCAUCUACUCGACAUCUUUCACACCCUCUCCACUCCUACCACGAAAUGAACGCCAAGGCUGGACCGUCGCGUAUUCCCUUGCAGCAUAAGGAGCAGCAAGUUGGUCUGAGCUUCAAAGCUACCGUCGACUUGCUUUCGUCCUUCCGUGAGCAAUGGUGUUACCAAAUCAAACUUACUGCAGUUGAGAUUGUUAUCCAUACUAUCAUCUGCAUACGCCAAGUGUAUCCGCCCAACACAUUCACCAGGCGACGAGCGCAUGGCGUCGCCGUCUACCAGUCUCGACAUCCCGAAGUGCGCGCAUACAUCGGGCGCGUCGUGUCGGCUCUCCGGAAUGAGAUGGAGCGGGGAACGCUACGGCGGGUAACGGUGAUGAUACACGAUGUGGAGAGCCGCGCGCCGAUGGAGCGCUUUAUUAUCGACUUCGGAUACAUGGGCCUCGAGGGGUUGGAAGGACCACAACGCGACGCCAAAAUUCAAGGGGCACCGGACGAGGAAGGUCUGUCGCUGAUGCUUCGUGGAUUCUUGAUCCGCCUUGUGGCACUGGAUGGGCAGUUGCUGGACAAUCCAGGCGACACAUCCUUCGCCAUCAUACUGGAGACCAAGGAUGACAUCGAGCCCGAGACGCCCAGCGAUGGGGCAAGUUACUCACCGCAGGUCACCGCCCCAUGGAUUCCUGCUCUCGCAGGGGAUACGCUCAACACCUCGUCGGCUAUCAGCGGCCAUCACGAGCCUUUGCUCAGUGUCCGCGCAGUGGAGACUGGAGUGAUUGAUGUGAGCCCAAAGGUCAACUCCCAUUGACUCCAGCUCCGAAUGGUGGUGCAGGAGUGCACAGCCAAGACCGGCACCGAUAUUCUGCAACUGGAUCCGUAACUCGUUCAUUGGUCGCUAUAGCAUGGAUAGACUUGGUGGGAGCCAUCUCAUGGCGUGCGUCA